AUGGUGUUAGUGAAUGAACAUGAUGAAAUAACUACAGACAAGUUUUUAUUGACAUUUAUUAUGAAGAUCUUCCACUUCAGUAAUAGUAGCCAGGGAAGUCAUUGUCUCAGAGUAGCUUCUGUCUGGGCAGCUAUUGGUGAAAGGGGAAGCUUUAAGCUUACCAAACCAGGUGUAUACUCUAUACAUCUAUCUGCUUUUGACAACACUAAUAAUGCUGAAAAUAUUGGAAACUCCAGAACAGCCAGGACCUUGUUAUUCUUUGAUGACCAAUCAGCUGUUGACAUUCUAGAUGCUAAUCCAAUGGAAUGCUCCCAAGCUUCUAAAAAUAGUUCCUUUAAAUGGGUUGUACAGGAUACUAGUACAGUAACAAUUACAUGGACAGACCAUUUCAUUAACACUCGUCAUGAGACAAAUAAAUGGUUGGCCAUAAUAGAACCAUAUACAGCAUCAACUGUGUAUGAGGAAUUUGACGGAGAUAGAACUACAGCAGCUAUAGAUAAUACACAAGGGAUUGUGCAAUUUGAAGUUGGAUAUGAUGUUUUUUCUCCAAACCUUAGUGAUUCUCAGAAUUUGACUAUUACGCCUGACAUACAUGUACAAUCUGAGCUCCUGAACAUUAUUUGGAAUGAUGGAGAUAAACUUAUAUUGACAGUAAAAGCAACAGAUUUGAUUGGUGGCUCUAACAAUGACACUAUCAUUAUAUAUAGAGAUACCACGCCCCCUUUUAUAGAUGAUCUAUGGUUGACAAGAGGGGAUCGGUUAAAUGUUUCUGUACAUUAUUUAAAAGAACUAACCGAAAUGACGAUUGAAUGGAUAGCCUAUGAUUACCACAGUGGUGUAGACUCUCUUUACUGGAGGAUCUUUGAUAAUUAUACAGGAACAGAUAUACUACAUGGCCAUGAAAAUCUAGGAACACAACAUGCUAUCGAUGAGACAGCAUGUCAGACAACUUAUGGAACUACCCAAAGGGGAGCUAACUGCUACUGUACAAAUUUUGAAGGCUGUUUUCACAGACACUUUCAGGUUGUACCUGCUGUUAAAACUAGUGAAGGGCUUUAUACAGGAAAAGAUGUAGGAGAGCAUGAUAUUGACUAUUAUAUUGAAAUAUCUGUAACAAACCAUGCACAACUGGUGACAGUUCUCAGGAAGAAGAUCACCAUAGAUAUUACACCUCCACAUACUGGUAUGGUUCAUGAUGGGAUGAGAGGGAGCCCAGAGGUUGAUUAUCAACAGGGAACCACUCUAACAGCCUACUGGGACGAGUUUUUUGAUAAGGAGAGUGGUGUAUUGUUUUACCAAUAUAUACCAGGAAUCAGUUGUGCUAACAAGGCAGAUUUUGAUCUAAAUCGUACACAUGUUGAUCUUGUAGAAACCUAUGAAACCUUUGGAACCUACACAGCUCCAGGAGUAGGAGGAACAUACUUCUUUACUGUCGUGGCAUACAACCGAGCGUUAGAUCACUCGGAUCCUGUGUGUUCUGAUGGUGUUACCAUAGAUACUACAGAACCAACAAUAAAAGAGGUUACAGUGGAUAAUACUGUUGUAAAGGGAGGACUUGUUACAGAUGUUGCCAAGACGAAUUAUUGGAUUUUGUCAUCAGAUAGAACUCUUAGAUUGAUUCCCAAUACUACACCAGACUGCAUCACCAAGGCCACAGAAAGGACUGACCUUGACCUUUAUCCUGUACAGAGAUAUGACAAUGGAUCAGCUGUUGAAGUUGAUGGCACUGUGUUUUGUGAGAACUCCACAGGAGCCCCAACCAGUUCUGGUCUUUCUAUGUCUACUGCUAAUAUGUUUUCAGUAUCAUGGAAAGUAGAUGAUUUACCAGCUAAAAUCUAUGAUUAUGAAGUAGGACUAUCAACUACUGCAGGCAGUGCUGCCCCAGAUUUAAUGAACUUUAUCACUACUAACCAGAAUCCACAUAUUAGAAUACAACAUGCAGAUAUUCCAGACGGAACAACAUUUUAUAUCAUCAUUAAAGCGAUAAGUGGAUCCAAUGUAGAGGGUCUAGUGUCAAUUGGACCCUGUUUUAUGGACACCACACCACCAGAUUUCACAGGAACUAUAACUCUGUCCCUUUCUGGUCAGUAUCUUGUGGCGGAGUGGGCCAGUGGAGCAUUCUCAGACAGUGAGGAACCAUUUGACAUCAACUAUGAAUUUGCUAUAGGUAGCAUUGCACUAGGUACACAGAUACAACAAUAUAUGCCCCUAUCAGCUGGGGGUACAUGUACAGACAUCAUAACACCAACCUGUACUGCUGUCAUGGUAACAACCUUAGACUGGUCACUACAUGGUAAUCAUAAGUAUUACGUGUCCAUCAAAGUGACCAACACUGCUGGCCUGGUCAAGAUUAAGUCAUCUGGAGCUUACAUCCACAAUGUACAACUUCCUGCUGAAGGUGUUGUUUUUGAUAUAGAGCCUAAUCCGGAUUAUGAUUCAAGUGAUCCAUUACCCUUACAGGAUAUACAGGAUGUUGAUUUCCAUACUGAUGCCUCUACACUGGUGGCUCGCUGGUCAGGGUUUGAUCAUCCACAUCUUACUGUUACCUAUACAAUAAGUAUAGGCACUACCAAAGGAGGGAAUGAUGUGGUAAACAGUAAAAAUGUGGGAACCAGUACAUACCAUGAAGAAAAUGGACUUUCACUUGACUCAUUCAAGAAAUAUUAUUUUACUGUGACAGCGGUAACAUCAGUCGGCAGUACUUCAGUAUCAUCUGAUGGAGUUGUCAUAGUAACAGAAUAUGAGACAUUAUUGGGGAUUACAAUUUUCGAUGGUACCCCCUGCAAUCUAUCUAGUCAAACAUUCUCUCAUCAUGAGCAUGACCAUAGAGUACCAUGUGAAGAUGACAUAGAUGUACAAUCCUCUACUAAUACCCUGAGUGCUUAUUGGAAUAUUCCAUCAGAUCUUCAAUUGUACACGCCUGAUGCUUAUUUCAAGGUUGAACAGAGGUCACAAGUUUCUGCAACCACUUGGACUGUGUUUAGGAACUAUGAGUACAUAAAUUCUACAAGUUAUAGUGUUAGUGCCAAUGAACUCACUAUGAUCCCAGGGUAUAAGUACCGUACCACUCUAAAGUUGUGUGCUAGACAGACCUGUUUCCGACCUUUGUCAACAGAUGGCGUUAUGAUCAUAACCAACCCACCAAUAACAGGAAAUUUUAGUGUAGAACAUCAAGAUGGAAGUCCUGAAAAGUUGAGCAUUACCUUGGGAAACUUUUACGAUCCUGACAUCCGAGAUGAUACAGAAAAGUAUGAUGCAGUUGACAAAUAUGAAUAUGCUAUAACUGAUAAUUCCUGGAUGGGUAAUAUUUAUACAAACUGGACAGCAGUAACUGUUCCUGCAGGAGAUAUAGUGACCUUUGAUGUGACCUUGACAGGAGAAAUGGAUUUUUCUAAAUGUAAAAGAGUUUCUAUUAGAGGAUUUAACAGAGUAAAGAUGUACUCCUUAGUAUCUACACAAAUAAAGCAAUGUGAUGCAUUCAAUCCUAAGUUAAUUGUUCCUAAUAUUGUUAUUGAUGCUAAAGGGGCACCUGAUUCAGUAGAUGGAGUUGGUAAUGAAAUAGUCCUUGUAAAGAAUGCACUGUGGACUGUACCUGAUGUAGAUUAUACCCCAUAUAAUAACAUUAUAUCAGCAGUCUGGCCUACUCUUCGUCACAGAGAAUAUAAAUAUGCCAUCUUGGAUGGCAAAAGUGUUGGUGUGGCAACCUAUUAUAGACAGACUGGUACCCUUUCAUUAGCUAAUCCCUGUUCACAUGGUGAUCAGAUACGAUGUGGUACAACAGAACAUGAGUAUAUGAAUGAAGUGUUUUCUGCUGGAGAGUUAGUACAUGGUACUCGUUACAUUGUAUGUGUCCAUGCUGAUUAUAAGGUGAUUGACCGUGAUACCUGGGUUGAAGAGUUAGCAGCGGUCAGUACAUGUAGUGAUGGAGUUGUGGUGGAUUUGACACCACCAACAGCAGGAGCAGUUUGGAUCUCUCAUAGUCCUAGUGUUAGAUACCAGAGUUCAAUCACAGAGAUGUAUGUUAACUGGGAGUCCUUUAUAGAUGUGGAUGAAUUUGGGACAGGACCAAAUCCUACUGGUAUCAUGGACUACACUGUAGGGAUUGGUACAUCUGAGGGAGCCAAUGAUGUUGUAGCAUGGCAGAGUGUAGGAGUGGUCAAUCACAAGGCCUUCCAUGGUCUACUUUUACAAAAUGGAUUUAUCUAUUAUGCCACUGUUACAGCCACUGAUUUUGCUGGAAGAAGCACAACUAAGACUUCCAAUCCAGUUAUAGUAGACUAUACCCAACCUACUAAGUCUGAUGAACCUAUAUAUUUAGUGGGUCGUCACAUCACAUCAACCAGAGAAGUGGAGGCAUGUUGGACAUCAGUAUUUGAAGAUGUAGAGAGUGGUAUAAAUCACUAUGAAUGGUACAUUGGAUCUCAGCCUGGGUACUAUGACAUCAUGUCCAGAGCUAUGGUCACUGGAGAAGAAUGUGGACACUCAAAUACACCAUUAGAUUUACUGGAUGGUCAUUCAUAUUAUAUUACUGUAGAGGCUUUCAACAAUGCUGGAUUAUCAUCUGUUGCUACAUCCUGGGCCUUUGUCGUUGAUACAACGCCACCUACUGGUGGACAUGUUUAUGAUGGAAAGAGAAGUCACAUGACUGGUGAUGUAAAGGAUAUAGACUAUCAGACAGAGACUAAAACCCUGUAUGGGUAUUGGCAAGGUUUCCAUGAUUCUCAUUCUCAUAUACAGGAGUAUUACGUCAGUGUUGGGACAUGUGACCUGUGUGACGAUGUACUGCGUAGACAAGCACUGGGCAUUGUACAAGAUUUUGAGCUGACUAAUGUACACUUGGGUAUUGGUAUAAAAUACUAUGUCAGUAUAACAGCCUGUAACACAGCAGAACUGUGUACAUCUAUGUCAUCAGAUGGUGUCAUUAUAGACAAUAGUCCACCAAAAGCUGGAUCUGUGCAGGACGGAACAGGGUACCUUGACAUACAAUAUCAGUCUUUAAGGUCUUACAUAUCAGCCAAAUGGUAUGGAUUCCAAGACCCACAAUCUGGUAUAGAAAAAUAUGUAUGGAGGGCAGGUACAACAAAAGGAGGAGAUGAUGUCAUGGCACCAGUGGAGCUCCAUAUAACGCAGGUUGCUGCUGUCCCAAAUUUGUCCCCAUUGUUACCAGUUGAGAAGACAAUUUAUAUUACAGUUAGAGUUUACAACAGAGCAGGUUUGUGGUCAGAAGCUAGUUCCAAUGGUUUCAAGGUAGAUGAUACAGUCCCUGUAAUUACUGGUCCUACAUUCCCUCAGAACUUUGGUCUAAAUGGACUAACACAGAUAUAUAGGACUACUAUGAAAGUAGAAUGGACUGCUGAAGAUACUCAAUCACAUAUAGAAAGGCAGUAUCUAUCGGUCAAGUCUCAUAUUGGUGGUCAGUUUGAAUUGUCCUCUGUUCAGGUAAAUGGGAUCGUACGGAACUAUAUAUUUACUAAUCUGAGACUACAUGAUGGUGUUACAUAUUAUGUGACAUUGAUAGCCUGUAAUGGAGCACAACUUUGUACCACAAGUGUCUCCAAUGGAAUGUUUGUAGACACAACUCCACCAUCAAGAGGAAUGUUUGCUGUGGACACAGAACAUGCGGCUAAUUUAACACGCCAUGAAAAUGGUCACAUGACCUGGUCCAGUCGUGCAUUGUAUUUAGCAUGGCUAGGAUUCUCAGACAUACAUUCAGGGAUAGAUUAUUAUCACGUUACAGUAGGGAGCGGUUAUUUAAAAGAUGAUUUGACAGAUGACACAUCAACAAAGUAUGGAACCACAACAACUGGAACUGAUCACAAUGAUGAAGGAUAUAUACAACUAAAUACUGUACCUACUCUCAACCUUGUAUUGUAUGAUACAGUGUAUGUCACUGUCUGGGCAGUUAAUGGGGUUGGACUAAGAAGUGCCAUGAUUCACUCAGCCUUUAAUAAAAAAUCUGGUGGUUCACUAGAGUUAAUUAGACGUUGUGUGACAUUCUCCUGUAUAGGACAUUGUGUGUGUGCUCCACAGGACCAGAAGUGUUCAUAUGAUCCAAGUCUUAUAUGUAACAGUGUAACAGCUGCCAACCCAAAUGAUCUGAUAGAAGUUUAUGAUGUCAAUGGUUAUAGUUUGGAUGACCAAGAAAUCACAUCUUCAGAUACAGUACUCAGAGGAUACUGGCAGUUUAUAAUGAGACAGGGAAUAGCUCCUCAAUGGUUUGAAUGGAGUGUAGGGUUGUCCAGUGGGACAUUACCAGAUGGAAUAUAUACCUCUGUAGAUGAAAGAGUAUGGCAUGAUGCAGCACAACUUAAAUCAGCUACAUACUCUUCUCAAUAUGAGUUUUACCUCACUAAUGGUGAGGAUUAUUCCUUCUUUGUCCGUUUAUGGUAUGAUGGUACAACAUUUGCUGACUUUAAAACCAAUGGUAUAAUGAUAUCUACAGGAAAUCUGGCUCUGGCCACAGCAGGAGGAAAAGCUGUUACAGAGAAGGUGACAGGUACCAAUAUAAAAGAUGCCGAUUUUGUCAGACAAGGACGACCUAUGACCUUUGACUGGAAUGAAAAGUUUGUUAAUGCAGCCACUUUGAUCAAAGAGUUCAGAAUCUACAUAAGUACUUUUCCUGGAGGACAUGAUUUCUUGAUUUUAUCAGAUACAUUAUCAGGGAAGACAACUCAUUACAAUAUGACAAGAUUAAAUUAUGAAGUUGGAGUGACAUAUUAUGUCAAUGUUGUGGCAUACAGUUACUCUGGUGUCCACAUGACAGCAACAUCUGACGGGUUUACAAUAGAUCACAUCCAGCCAACAACAGGAAUGGUGUAUGAUGGGAUAGGUUUAGAGGAUAUGGAAUAUCAAAAUUCUUCAUCAUUUGCUGGAGCUCAUUGGCAUGGAUUUUCUGAUACAGAGGCUGGAAUAAAAGAGUACUACUGGUGUGUCGGUACAACUUCUACCAGCACAGAAUGUGACCUCAAACCAUGGGAAAAUGUUGGUCUCCACGUCUCUGCAUCUAGAUAUUUGGCCACUAAUGCUACACAAGGAUCAAAGAUGUUCCAUAAAGUAUAUGCCAUUGAUGCUGUUGGAUUGAUAUCAGACAAAGUUGUCUCUGACGGUGUAGUUAUUGAUGUAACUGGACCUGUACCUGAAUCAUUGACACAUUUGGACACUAAUAUCGUACAGAAUCCAUCUUUUGAAGUGACGAAAGGAAGUAUAAUAUCAUGGGAAACACUUAGUACAACAACGGACAUCUGUACAUACACACAAACAUUUCACCAUCCCGCUAGCUGGACAGGGGGAACAGGGACUUGUCUAACAGCAGUAACAUCAACCAGUAAUUUAGCACAUGAUGGCAACUUCUUCUUGUAUUUGCGUGGGGAGCUACAGCAAACAUUGACAAGUGUUGAAGCAGGGAAAUUGUAUCGUGUAACGUUUUAUACCAGUCACUUACCAAUAUGGGAAGCUUACGUGGCUAAUAAAGAAGGCUUUGUGAAGUUAGGGGAUGAAUAUCAUGUCUUUCUUAUAUACACAAAAAGUUACAGAAAAGAUGAUCAUGGGGCUUCUACAAGAGAAUUAACCUCUUGGCACAGGCAUACAUUUUAUUUCACAGCUUCAACAAAUAGUGCACAAUUAACAAUAGGCAGCCUUGACAUGAAGACAGGACUAUUCUAUGACAAUAUACAGGUACAUGAGGUCCAGUUAGACUCCACCUCUUCUGGUCAUGUGAAUGGUCACAUUGAUUACAUCCACCAAUGGAGUUCCAUUCAUGGCUCGUGGAGUUUUAUUGAUCCAGAGUCACCCAUUGUGGAUUAUAAAUGGGCAAUAGGUUAUACUGAAGGUGGAACACAGAUUCAAACAUUCAAAUGUGAAGGACGGAGAAAGUUUGGUUUGAAUAACAAAGUCAAACUGGUUGACAAAACAUUUGUUUACAUAACUGUCAUAGCAACCAAUGCUGCAGGACUGCAGACCAUAGCUUACUCAGACCCAGUCCUAGUUGAUCUCACUCCUCCAAUAUUUGACUAUGUUUAUGAUGGUACAGGUGCUGAUCAAGAUGCCUGGGAAAUUAACAUUGUUUCAGCUAACUGGGAUGUAGCAGAUCCAGAGUCUGGUAUUGACUUCUGUCAGUAUGCCUUUGGAUAUCAACCAGGUGGAAGUGACCUUCAUCCUUGGACAACUACAACAGUUAAAAGUGUUUCCAUGGAGUUUGAUUACAGUGACCUUGAAGGGUUAACAGUGUAUACAUCAGUCAAAUGUUAUAACAAGAUGGGACUAGGAAAUACUACAUCCUCAGAUGGAGUCAGAAUAUCAAACAAGUCUCCCUCCACCACUAGUGCAGUUGUGUCACCAUUUUAUCUGUCGUCCAGUGAAUAUAUUUCUAAAGAUGGCUUCCAGAGUGUAACAGAUGUCGUCAGAUUAAAGUGGCAAGGUUUUACUGAUUCUAUUGGUAUCGAUAAUUACUUGAUUACAUUUGAAGGAAGUCAGACGAAGAAAGAGAAAGUCAGUUUCCCAAUACAACAGGAUUUAUUCUUCACCUAUUUCUAUAAUCUGCAGCUGACAGAGUCCCACCAGACUGUACAUGUACAGGCCAUUAAUGUCUUGUAUAAAAAGAGUGACAAAGUGUCCAGAAAUAUGACUGUCUUAUUAACACCACCAGUUAGAGAUAAUUCCAAACAAGUAAUCAUCGAGUGGCAUGACAACAAAUUCAAUGUAUUAUGGGAAAAUGUUUUCUCUUCAUCAGAAACUUUAUGGUAUGAAAUAUCAGCAGGUACAUUCAGGGGAGGUUCUAAUAUAGUACAGUGGCUAGAAACAACCAAUCAGAACAUAGAAUUUGGAAUGCCGUCAUCCAUUACAGAGCCUGCUGGAAUUUAUGUAUUUGUACUGGUACGGGCAGUUUCUGCUAGUGGCUUAUAUACAGACGCUGAUGCUGAUAUACAAUUACCAACAUAAAUAUAUUGUCCGAUAUAUAAAAGUUACAUUUGUCUUUCAUUAAAGCAUAGGCCAUAAACUUCUGAUUAAGUUGUAUCUAUGCAAAACAUAAGUGAUAACAAAAAAACUGACAUGAUGAAAGGUCAGAUUCAAAUACUUUUAGUAUAGGUAACUCUAACAUAAAAAAAUCCUAUCAAAAACUUCUUUGUUUAAAUUAUUUUUGUUAUUUAAAAUUUGAUAAUUUCUUUUAGAAGUUUGUUUAUGGACUACAAGAGAAAAAUGACAAAAGUGUGUCACUUUAAAAAUACAAAAAAAAUACCAUACUCUAUAUUCUAAUAGACAAAUUUUAUCACAAAAAAACUGCUUAUAUUUGAUAGUUCUUAAAAAAGAAUCAGACAGUAUUCUAAGUCUUGAUAUUUUACUAGAUAACAAAUUACCAAAUGGAUGCAAUGAAAUAGAGCAUUUUCAAUAAUUAAAAGACUUAUCAAAAAUAACAAAAUCAUGGUACCAAAAAAAAAAGUUUUUUUAAAUGCUUUUUUUUUUUUUAUCACAUUGACAUUCUUGAUGAGGGUUUCAACAAUUUACUUUUUUUCAUACAUCCACAAAAGAUCAUAAAAGUUGUUAGCUCAUUCCUUGUGCCAUUUGUUUCUUUUAUUGUGUUCAUUAUUCAUUUAAUUGUACUGAUUUAAAGGAUGUUUAUUGUACAGUACAUAUUUUGUAUUAAUUUAUUUAUUUUUAUUGUUCACAUAUUCAUUUUUUUUGUAGCUUCAUUCAUAUAAUUGUGAUAAUUUAUUCAAGAGUGAUCUUAGUGUAUUGGAUAAAUAAUUUGUUUACAAGACAAAUGUGAAGAAUAUAAAAGCUUGAUAGGUAUAGAUUAUCCGGUUUUCUACACAUUGAUAUCGUAAAAUAUCAGACGCGAGCCACAAUGUGAACCUUUUUUGGCGAGUGAGCGUAGUGAACGAGCUAAAAAGUUUCACAUUGUGUCGAGCGGCUGAUAUUUUAUGAUAUCUAUACGAAGAAAACCCGAUUAUCUCUUUAUUGUUCCACUACUGGUCUUUUAUUCUCUCAAUAAGACAGUUUAUGCUUGACGAAAGCAAGCUUGAUAACGUCUCCUCUCGCUUUGUGACGUCGCUGAUAACUUCUCCUCUCACAUUGUGACGUCGCUGAUAAUGCCUGGUCUCGUUUUGAAGUCUUGAUACAAGAAUUACUGAGCAACAGAGCAGGUUUAUAUAGACGUAGGGAAGAACGAUAAUUUUAUUUAUUGCACCUCUGGUUUAUCAGUGAGGAUGUAAUCGGUUUGGCAUGGUCACUUGUUGACCCCCCUAUGAAAACAUAGAGGUUUCAUGUUGUCACAUCUACUUUUGUUCUUUUUAGAAUUCCAUUGUUAUUUAUACAAAACUUUGUAAGAAAAGUUCUGUGUAUGAUAUACAUACCGAAGAAUUUCUGUAGAAUUUUUUUAUUGCAUAUUUUAUGUAUUGCAAUGUUCAAAGUGUCGGAAGUAUAUAUUAAGGAAAUGUCAAAUUAUGAUGCUGUAUUGUAAUAUUCUGUUUUAUGUUUUAUGUUUGGUGAAGAGCAUUAAUACCCUCAUAGGUAGUCAAGAUUGAUAAACACUUAGUCAAGUUAGUAGUAGUUAUAUGUUUUGGGAUGGUUUUUGUUGUCCUAUCAGUAAUCACUCAAAAGUCCUUUAUUUUUAUAAGAAUCGCAUUUUUUCUCACAAAAGAUGUAAAUUUUAGGACAGAAUUGUCUAAAAAAAGGUUUUAGUUUGAACUGUAUAUAUGCAAUUAUCUGAAAUUUCAAAAAUCCUGGAUCCACCUCUGGAUAAUGUUAUUGUUCACAUCAAGUUAAUGACGUCAAAUUUCUUUGAUAUGAAAAGUGUCCAAAGCAAUAUGCCACUGACAAAAUGAUGGGAAAUUAAUUGAAUCAUAUAAAUAUUGUUUUUUUUCUUCAUUGAAAUGAAUGAAACCAGAAAAAGGGUACCAGUACCCUACAUUUGUUAAAUUACUUUUCCAAAUCAUAUAUACAUGUACAACUUUUACUUAGACAAAAUGUAAGACAAAUAUUUGUUUAACAUUCCAGUUUAUAAAAUAAAAAUGAUCAACAGUUUUA